AUGGCAAUUGCUAAAAUGAUCAUUUGUGAUGAGCUUCCAUUUUGGAUAGUAGAAGCCCAGGGAUUUAAGAAGGAGUUUUGUGGCAUACAAUCACAUUUGUCAAAAAUGAGUCGAAGUAAUGAUGCAGUGUUGAAAUGUAUGGCAGAAAAUAUGAAGAUUAAGUAUGACAAAUAUUGGGGAUCAAUUGAAAAGACUAACUUGAUGAUAUUUAUUGCUGUUGUUCUUGAUCCAAGAUACAAAUUUAGUUUUUUGUAUUUUUUGUUCAAAAAGAUAUAUGGUGGUAAUUUAGUCGAAGAAAUGAUUGCAAUAGUGAAACACUUGAUGAUGGACAUUUACUGGGAGUAUAGUAUUGUGUAUGGGAGUUCAAGUGGAGUUUCCUAUUCUGAGCCUCAUUCUUCAGUUGAUCCUACUAUGAUUGAUUCUGAUUCUCAACAAAGUUUUUGGAUUGAGUAUGAGUAA